GGACACUGGAUGCUUGUCAGGAAGAAAGAGCUGCUGUGUUGAGGCCGAAAACUCAGACACAAGCAGGACCCCUUGACGAUACUGGAGUACCUCCGUGGAAGGAAUAUACUCUACUGGACACUGGGAAGGCAUUUUAACUAGCCGAGCUUCAGCGGAGCACUGACCGAGUCUCCCUGCUCCUGCUGUCGAGGCCGCCGCGGUUCUAUUUCUCCCCUCCGACUGCGUGUCGUUGCCUGCUGGUCACAGUAAUCCAGACCCGUUGCUAUUAAUGAGAUUGAGAAGAGACCAACCUGUCUGAGAUUUAAGUCUCUAUCCAGCCCGGAGGAAACAUAACGGCUCAGCUGUUGCUGCUGGUAGCUUGGGCCAACAGCUUAGGCUGCCGGACCGGAUAAACAUCCCGAUAAAGCUCCCAACUACAUGGAACAAGUCAGCUGCGGACCACCGUCUCAUUUUGCGCAGGGAGAACUGUUAUGACUGAUCUAUAGACAGCAGUUUUUUAUAAAGCAGCAUCGUGGGCUGUUAAUUGGGAUAUAUAUUUGACUAAGGCAUCCUAAAGGCAGCAGUUUGAAGCCUCAGUGCCAUGAAUCAGCUUGGACAACAGCUGUUACCCACAUAGAGGUCACUUUACCUCUCUUUCCAUUACUUCAGUCCAGAGGAUGCUGGGAAUGUGUCGUGGGCGCAGGAAGUUCCUGGCGGCCUCUCUCGCUUUGCUCUUCAUCCCAGCACUCACCUGGCUUUACCUGUCAGUCGGGAGCUUUCAAGUGAAGCCCCUCCCCCUGUCUCCAUUGGAAGUUCAAUCAUCAACGCCGGUGGGCGGAGCUGGCGAGCGGCAGGCCUUAGAGCUGCGAGUUCGGGCAGUGGAGGAAGAGAACCGGGCACUGCGCCGUGAGCUGAGCCGGCCACCCAGGAGCCCGUCUGCACGCCUUCCACACGGCGAUCACCGUGGCAACCAAAGCCGAACCCAUUCAGAGGAAGGCACCGGCGACAAUGAGGGCCAGAAAGCUGCUGCAGUGGGAAACAGCUCAGACUGUGUACAGCUACCAGUGGUGGAUAAGUGUGAGACCAUCCACGUGGCGAUCGUUUGUGCAGGUUACAACGCCAGUCGAGACGUGGUGACACUGGUUAAAUCUGUCCUUUUCCACAGGCGGAACCCACUACAUUUCCAUUUCAUCACAGACUCCAUUGCUCAGCAGAUCCUGUCCUCUCUGUUCCAUACCUGGAUGGUCCCUGCCGUCAAGGUCGACUUCUACGAUGCAGAUGAGUUGAAGUCUGAGGUGUCAUGGAUCCCCAACAAACAUUACUCUGGAAUCUACGGCCUGAUGAAGCUGGUGCUCACUAAGACGCUGCCGUCCGACCUGCAGAGAGUCAUUGUCCUGGACACAGACAUCACAUUUGCCACUGACAUCGCUGAACUCUGGGCUGUCUUCCACAAGUUCAAAGGUCAGCAGGUUCUUGGUCUGGUGGAGAACCAGAGUGACUGGUACCUGGGGAACCUGUGGAAGAACCAUCGACCCUGGCCGGCUCUGAGCAGAGGCUUCAACACUGGGGUGAUUUUGCUUCUCCUGGAUCGUCUGCGAAAGCUGAGAUGGGAGCAGAUGUGGAGACUGACUGCAGAGAGAGAACUAAUGAGCAUGCUGUCCACCUCCCUGGCAGACCAGGACAUAUUCAACGCUGUGAUCAAACAGAACCCUUUCCUGGUUCACCAGCUGCCCUGCUUCUGGAACGUCCAGCUGUCUGACCACACCCGCUCUGAGAAAUGCUACAAAGACGUGUCAGACCUCAAGGUGAUCCACUGGAAUUCUCCCAAGAAGCUGCGAGUAAAGAACAAGCAUGUGGAGUUUUUUCGGAAUCUCUAUCUUACGUUUCUGGAGUACGAUGGCAACCUGCUGCGACGAGAGCUGUUUGGAUGUCCCAGCGAGGCUGACCAUAACAGUGAGAACCUUCAGAAGACUCUGUCAGAGCUGGAUGAAGAUGAUCCUUGCUACGAGUUCCGUCGAGAACGAUUCACCGUCCACCGAACGCACCUCUACUUCCUCCACUAUGAGUAUGAGCCCAGCUCUGACAACACUGACGUUACACUAGUUGCCCAGCUCUCUAUGGACAGGCUCCAGAUGUUGGAGGCUAUAUGUAAACACUGGGAAGGUCCAAUCAGCCUGGCCCUGUAUCUGUCCGACGCUGAAGCCCAGCAGUUUCUGCGCUAUGCUCAGGGCUCUGAGGUGCUGAUGAGCCGCGGGAACGUUGGUUACCACAUCGUCUACAAAGAGGGACAGUUCUACCCAGUCAACCUGUUGCGUAAUGUGGCCAUGCGGCAGGUCAACACACCUUACAUGUUCCUAUCGGACAUCGACUUCCUGCCCAUGUAUGGCCUGUAUGAGUACCUCAGGAAGUCAGUGGUGCAGCUGGACAUGGCCAACGCCAAGAAAGCUUUGGUGGUUCCAGCCUUUGAGACGCUGCGAUAUCGUCUUUCGUACCCAAAGUCCAAGGCUGAGCUGCUCUCUCAGCUGGACAUGGGCACACUCUUCACCUUCAGGUACCAUGUGUGGACUAAAGGCCACGCACCAACUAACUUUGCCAAAUGGCGGACAGCCACCACGCCCUACAAGGUGCAGUGGGAAGCCGACUUCGAGCCCUACGUCAUGGUGAGGAGGGACAGUCCUGAGUAUGACCGCCGCUUUGUGGGCUUCGGCUGGAACAAGGUGGCUCACAUCAUGGAGCUCGAUGCACAGGAGUAUGAGUUUGUGGUUCUGCCCAACGCUUACAUGAUCCACAUGCCUCAUGCUCCCAGCUUCGACAUCACCAAGUUCCGCUCCAACAAGCAGUACCGGGUCUGCCUCAAGACCCUGAAGGAGGAAUUCCAACAGAAUAUGUCGCGGCGAUACGGCUUCGCCGCCCUAAAAUACAUGACGGCUGAGAACAACAGCUAGCCACCACUGCAGACCCUCACACCCCCGGCCCUGAACUACUGACACACUGCAUGGGCUGGGCUGGGGUGGGGGGUGGGGAAACGGACAGCCAAUGUGAGGCCAUCAGGAUACUUUGAGACUUGAGUCCUUCUGACUUUAUUAGAACGUUUGCCCCUUUUCUGUGUGGGACUGCAAGGGUCUUUAUGUCAAUUAUUUGCCCUCUGCUGUGGAUUGGAGAGAUACUCCAGAAGGAGAUCCUCUCUGUCAGGAUGUAGAAGCUGUGAAAGACAACAUGAGUGACUGCUAGGGAUGGGCCCCGACUGUGUGGGCCCUGAGCCCUGAAAUCUGACAGACACAAGGCAAGGAAAGCAGACAUUCAAUGCCUUGCCAUAGUUGUAAGGCCAGCAACAGAGUUGUGGGCUGCGUGUAACAUUAUGUAUGUAUGAAUGCGUGUGAGUGUGUGUACAUGCAGGUAGAUGAAAAGUGUGACUGUGUGUUUGUUUCUCCAGGACAGUGCUUAGCAAAAAGCUUAAGGAGAGCUAAAGAUGUAAAGCAUUGUGGGCCUACGUUCUGUUUGCACGCCUUCCAAGUGCCGACAACAAGCAGCAGCAGUCUGAAUGACAGCACACCCCGACUCAAAUGUGAAUAGUGUGACCAGGCGGCAGGAUAAGACAAAGCUGUAAACAUGUCAACACAGAUUUUGAAAAUGUCAUUGUGACGAGGGGCACACACUCAGAUAUUGAGGCGAGCAGCCAGCCUGCCGACCAUCUGCUGCUGCUUAAUUUGUUUCAUUGCUGAUGCAGAUCAGAAUAAAUCCUCCUUCUUGUAUGACAAGUGAAGUGCAAAGAUGGCUGGAGGUCGUCCAUGCGAUUGAUAUUUAGGGUAUCUUCACAUCAGCCUGAGUGUGCUGCUAGAGAUUGUUUUGUUACAACUACAGAAUCUGACAGCAGCUGGUGCAGUGGAAGUCCCACUUCGAGCAGCACGAGGCAAAACAUCAAUCACUGAGCUCACUGUUUACUUUUCUUUCCAACAAUCAGUAUUAUUUAUCAGUGUGUUUACAGUCCUGACAGGUGGAGCAAGAAGGGUUAGAUUCUCCUCCGUAAGGAGGAUCUGAGGACAACAGGGAAGAGACUUUAAACUCUGAAACUCAACCACUUGCAGUCAGGAUGCUCUUUUUUUUAUCUCGCUCUAGCUAUUUCCUUCUCACUCUGGCCUCUAGUUUGACAAAAGUAGAGUGGCGUCCAAUAACCUUGGAGUGGUGGGUGUUCUUCUGUUUGUGUUCUUACACACCAUCAGGCUGGGUGUGGUGAUCCUGAUGUGGUUUUGAUACAGAUAUUCUGUUCAGCUGUUACAACUGCUGUAGCAUCUGUGACAGACUGGUCAUUAUCAAAUUAGAACCCAGGGUGAUGCAGGUGUUAAUUUGCAAUAAUGACCAGCUGGCUCUACAUUAUCCCACUUAUUACACAGUUUAUUACACGGCCAGGGCCUGAAGUUAACUUUUUUUGGCCACCAGCCACUGUGGCAGGUGGUUCUUAAAAUCCACUAGCCACACAGGCUUUUUACCAGCCUUUUUUGCCUCGUUAUAAGGUGAAAUACAGGAAAUGGACAAGCAUUGUUCUUGGACUUGUUAAGAACACACAUUUAAGUGCUGUCAAUUUAUUAACAAAAUGAAUAUAAUUAAUGACUCUUUUUGUUGGUUGCUUGUUUCAGCAGGCCUCUUCACCCUAGUCAUGUGCCGCCACAUUUUUUAGCUCAAAUCCAAGGAAAUGAGGGACAUGGUUGAAAUGUGAAAGAACAACAUUGGCAACAACAACUAAUGAAUCACUCAAUUCUCAUUCUCACCCAAUGUGGCAGGUAGAUUGACAGUUUGCACUCUGUGUGCACUGUUGCCAUUAGCACUGUUAGCGAUCCCCGUCUCCUCCACCCUCUCUCUCCCUUUGUGAUCCGCUGAUCAGCCGUAUGAGCAAAUAUUGAUUAAAAAAUAAUUUUAUUGAUUGAAAAAUGGUCCCCCAGAGUCUAUGAUCAGAACUUCGUCCAUGGCAACGGUCUGUUAUACAGAAAUAGCAAACCGCAGAAUGUUGUGAUUGACCAAUCAGAGUCAAGUAUUCAACCAAGCCGUGUAAUAAUGUACUGUAUAAGAUAAAUGACAGAUAACCGAGAAAUAUGAUAGUGAUGAUUUGUGCAAUGUUGAAUAUUAUAUUAAAUAUUAUAGAGGCUUGAAAUGAUAAAUAACAAAUUCAGAUAUGAUUGCAAUCUGUCCUGGUUUUCCCAAGUUACAUUCAAAUCCGGUUUGUCUGCUCCAAUCCAGAGGGUGGUGCUACAUAAUACACCUUAAGCUGUUUGGUAACUGACACCAGAAGAACUUUUUCAUGUUAGCAGUUUAGGUUCAACAAAAACAUUACAACAACUACUAUCAUUAAAGACAAACUCAUUGAUGAAUUGCAUUGUGGAAUACGAGCAUGACAAACGUUUUACCUUCUGUAUGGGCUCCUAUUCACAGUGCUUCCCCCACACAGAUCAAGUAGUCAGGGAUUGAAUAACCACUACAACCGCUCACUCCGCUGUCUCUAUGAUCAUAUGUGUAGAGAGCGCUGAAGCCGCUUUCGCUUCAAUAUGCCGGUAGGAAAGAUGGUUAAUUUCAGUGUGGCUUCCAAAGAUUGCUUACUGACGUAGUUACAUUGGCAAGAAGUUAAAAAAAGAAAGAGAGACUGAUGUAUUUACACCUUUUCAAAAUCAGACUACAAUGUGUUCCAAAAAUCUGAUUUCCAUCCCGUUCAGUCACACAUCUCCUGCCACUUUCAUGAUCGAGGAAUAUAAUCAAUAAAAAAAAUCACACGAAUAAUUUGAUACAAUUGAAAACUCAAAGAGGACAGUUUUGUUAAAGUACUAUUUCCAAGGUCAAGAAUGUACUUUAAUUCAGAUGAGAAGUCGUAAAACGUAAUUUCCGUGACAACUGAGCAUUCUCCAUCUGAUGAUGAAGACCAUGCAAUAUGAUUAAAAGUUGAGUUGGAAUUGUUUUGUCAAACAUAUGACACCGUUAGGCUAGUUGUUAUUCAUUAUAAGUGCAUGUGGAAAUGUGAAAGGAAAAAGAGUAGGACACAUUUCCUUAUUUUUAAGAUGCAUUGUGAAACUAGAGGCCGCUCUCUGUCUAUCGCUCUCUCUCUCUCAGUCAUGACAGCAGUCUCUCACUGUGUACAGGAAAGCUGCCGAAGGGCUUGGUGUAGUGUCGUGUGUGUGUGUGUGUGUGUGUGUGUGUGUGUGUGGGUGCGUGUGUCUGAUUGUACAUUUAUGUUCAGUAUGUAGUUGUGUGAAGUUUGACUGUUCUGAAUGUGUGUGGCUUUGCAGGGCUGGAAUUAGCUGCAUUGUGUAAGUAGGACAGUGCUGACUGAUGCUGCUACCUGAAUAAAAGCAAAGAGUCAAACAC